UCUCCUCGGUAAUGGGGUCUCCAAACCCCUCUUCCUCUGCAACACCCAAUCCCUUCGCCUUCUUCCACCAACAUUUCCUCCGACUAGGCUCCGAUAUCGCCUCCCGUUUCGAUGAAACACGGCGGGAGAUUGCCAAAAAUCUUUUCCCGUUUCCACCACCUAAGCACCAGCGUUCAUCAUUGCCUUUUGCUUCGUUGUCAGAGUCACAGUCACAGCAAUACCAAGAUGACAACAAGCUUCGUGGUGGGAAACAUGUGUUUGACUUGGCUUUAAGCUCUGAACAUGUGUCCAAGACGCUCGCCGGAACGGAGUUGUACACAGUCAGUAAUUCCGACAAUGAAUUCGUGCUAAUUUCUGAUCCUAACGGACUCAAGUCAAUUGGAUUGCUUUGUUUUCGUAAAGAAGACGCUGAAGCAUUUCUCGCUCAGGUUCGAUUGAGGAAAGGGGAGCUGAGAGGGCGCGCAAAGGUUGUACCUAUUGCACUUGACCAGGUUUAUUUGUUGAAGGUUGAAGGAAUUGCAUUCCGAUUUUUGCCUGAUCCUGUUCAACUUAAGAAUGCAAUGGAGCUAAAAUCUUCUGCUACAAAGAGUGGGUUUGAUGGAGUACCUGUUUUUCAGUCGGACCUCUUAGUUGUAAAGAAGAGGAACAAACGUUACUGUCCUAUAUACUUUCGGAAGGAGGAUAUCGAGAAAGAAUUGUUAAUGGUUCCACGUGGACCAAGAGGACCAGGGAUGUCACAACAUAUCAUGGUCGGAAGUCUGGAAGAUGUUUUGAAGAAAAUGGAGACGAGUGAGAAAAAUUCGGGUUGGGAAGAUCUGAUUUUUAUCCCCCCUGGUAAAAGUCACUCCCAACACUUGCAGGAAGUGGUAAAAGCGUAGAAAGAAUCGGUUCAUAAUAAGCCAUGAUGCAAAGCAGACCCAACAAAUGUAGCCAUUUUUCCAGUCUUGUGAGAAAAACAGGUAUGUUUCUUGUUUUUUGUUUAGUCCCAUACAACAGUUUGUGUUUUGACUUUCGAGUGUCAAAUAUGAGUUAUGAUUUAGAUAGAAAAAUUCCAUAGAAAUUGUUUGUUUUGUAGUGAGAAAUGAUAACUACAUUAAACUAUCAUGUAUUCCUAUUAUCAUCUAUGUCGAUCCUAAUUUGAAAAGUA